CCCGUCGGCGGCCACAAUGUUCUCCCUCAAGCAGCCCAAACCCACCUUCAAGUCGUACCUUCUGCCUCAGGCUGAUGAAAAUAUAGCAUCAGAACCAAGGAUUAAAAAACUGGAACCAGUACUUUUACCAGGUGAAAUUGUGGUGAACGAAGUAAAUUUUGUAAGAAAGUGCAUUGCAACAGACACGAGCCAGUAUGAUCUGUGGGGCAAGCUGGUUUGCACUAACUUCAAGAUUUCCUUUAUUACAGAUGACCCAAUGCCACUGCAGAAAUUCCAUUAUAAAAACCUCCUCCUUGGUGAGCACGAUGUCCCACUCACAUGCAUUGAGCAGAUUGUCACAGUUAAUGACACCAAGAGGAAGCAGAAGGUCCUUGGUCCCAACCAAAAGCUGAAAUUUAAUCCAACUGAGUUAAUAAUUUAUUGCAAAGACUUCCGUAUUGUCAGAUUUCGAUUUGAUGAAGCAGGUCCUGAAAGUGCAAAAAAGGUGUGCCUUGCAAUAGCUCAUUAUUCUCAGCCGACGGAUCUUCAGCUUCUCUUUGCAUUUGAGUAUGUUGGGGAAAUGUAUCAUAAUCCAGCAAAGAAGGUGAAUGGCAUAGACCCAGGAGGAGGUGGCAUCGGCAGUGCCAGCGGUCAGCAGACUCCUUUGUUUGAAACUUACUCGGACUGGGAUAGAGAAAUCAAAAGGACAGGUGCCUCUGAGUGGAGAGUGUGCUCAGUCAAUGAAGGUUAUAUGAUCUCCACUUGCCUUCCAGAAUAUUUUGUGGUUCCAUCUUCCUUAGCAGAUCAAGACCUGAAGCUGUACUCCUAUUCCUUCAUUGGGAGGAGAAUGCCUUUAUGGUCCUGGAAUCACCCCAACGGGAGUGCCCUUGUGAGAAUGGCCAACAUUAAAGAUGUAUUGCAGCAGAGAAGAAUUGAUCAGAGGAUUUGUAAUGCCAUAACUCGAAGCCAUCCCCUGAGAAGUGACGUUUACAAAUCUGACCUGGACAAGUGUCUCCCCAACAUCCAGGAAAUCCAGGCUGCAUACAACAAACUCAAACAGCUCUGUGUCAAUGACCCUUUUGAUGACACCGAAGAGAAGUGGCUGUCCUCGCUGGAAAACACUCGCUGGUUAGAGUACAUCAGAGCCUUUCUUAAGCAUUCUGCUGAGCUUGUCUAUAUGAUGGAGUGUAAGCAUGUUUCUGUAGUUCUACAAGAGGAAGAGGGACGGGACCUGAGCUGUCUUGCUGCUUCUCUCAUUCAAGUCAUGCUGGAUCCCUAUUUUCGAACCAUUGUUGGAUUUCAAAGCCUGAUACAGAAGGAAUGGGUCAUGGCAGGAUAUCAAUUUUUAGAUAGGUGUAACCACUUAAAGAGAUCUGAAAAAGAGUCUCCUUUGUUCUUGAUGUUCCUUGACUGCGUUUGGCAGCUGCUGGAGCAGUACCCAGCAGCCUUUGAGUUCUCUGAGGUGUACCUGACCGUCCUGUACGACAGCGCCCGCAUCUCCUUGUUCGGCACCUUCCUCUUCAACUGCCCCCACCAGCGAGUCAAGGAGAGCACUGAAUUUGCUAUAAGCAAAAACAUUCAGCUGGGUGAUGAGAAAGGCCUCAGGUUUCCGUGUGUUUGGGACUGGUCUCUGCAGUUCACAAGUCGGGACCGGCUGCUGUUCCACAACCCGCUGUACGUCGGCAAGAGCGCGCCCAGCGUGCACAACGGGGCCCUGCGCACCUUCAAGCGCUCCAAGAAAAACUACAGCUCCACAUUGCGAGGUGUCCCCCCAGCAAUAAAGAACGGAAUCAUCGGUGAGCAGGAGUUCGUUCCAAGAAGAAACUCUCUGAUUCUAAAAUUGAAGCCGGAGUUUUUGCACUCAGCAGAGGGGCAGAGCCACAGCAUGGAGCAGUACUUCAGAGACUGGUUUGCAAAGCCCGUGGAUUUGCACGGCGUCAUUCUGCCCCAUCUCUCUGGAACACAAAUAAAACUGUGGAAACUCUGCUACUUCCGCUGGGUUCCCGAGGCGCAGAUCAGCCACGGCGGCUCCAUCACCGCCUUCCACAGAGUUUCUCUGCUAGCAGAUGAGGUGGACAUGUUAAACCGCAGCCUGCGGCAGUACAAGAGCAACUCCUCCUUGCCAGGCCACUGCUCAGAACUGGAUCAAAGCAGGAUGUACUUCAGAGCAAAUGGUUUAAAUGACACCUCAGGCACCCCAGACUUUCUCUCCUCCUCAUUCCCAUUUUCUCCUGUAGGGAACCUAUGCAAACGGAGCAUUUUGGGAACACCUUUAAGCAAAUUUUUAAGUGGUGCCAAAAUCUGGCUAUCCACCGAGACGCUUGCAAAUGAAGACUGAGGUGGUGUGGAGGUUUAAAGGUUUGAGGAGAAUACAGCAUAUCAUUUUGUCUUUUCUAACUUAACACUGCUAAAUGCGACAUUGAAAGCUGUAAUAAUUUUUAUAUACAAACAUUACGUAAGAUUUGCACAAAUAUUUAAAAGCAAGGCAAGUCAUGCUUCAAAUCGCACAAUGUUGUCUUCAGUAGUUCUCAUCUGCUGGGGCUUCUGCUCCUCAAUUCCUCCUGUUCCUGGGGGUUUGGCUCAUUACAAGUGAUAGAGCAUUUCAUUAGCUAAUUGAAAGGCUUGGUGUGGUUGUUAGUGAGGGUUCUGCUUGGAAUAACCUUUGUUUUUCCAGAUAGUGACUGAAGUGACCCUUGGAUAAAACAGCUUGGAAAGCCAAAGUACUGCAGUGGAGAUGAAGUGACAGCUGAAAUCUGGGAUAUACUAUUUUAUCAGUCUGCCUCUUCAGGAGUAACACUUACUUGCAUAAAUACAAACAUACCAAUGCUCCAUGACUGAUCACCCUACAUUGUGCUAAUGCAGUGUAUCCAUGGAAGGGCUUGUUCCCUUUUCUUUCUCUUCCCAAAAUGUGUUCAUUAACAUUAGUCAGAUUUGUGCUCUUUGUCAUGAGCUUGACUUUAGACUAGAGAAAUCCACAUCAGGACAAUGCACUGUUAACCUUAAAACAUUUACUGUAGAUAUGGUAUUGCAGUAGCUUUAGAAGUGCCUUUAUUUGGGAGGAAACAGUAGCAGGAUUACUCUAAUGCAGCUGACACCCCCCCCCCCCAACUUUUUAAAACAGAUUGUUGUGGCAAGUUCUUGUUCCAUCCCCUGCUUCCCCCUCUCAUUUCUGGAAACAACAGGCAUCCAGAAGAAGCAGCAGGUGUUCCCUCUUUAAGGUUAAACUUGUUUGUAAUUCCCACAAGACUCUCUCACCUUUUUAUAAGAGCACCUCAACUACGCAGCAUUAUAUCCCUGCACAGAUCCCAAUCCCUGCCAUCCCUCUCCUCAUUUCUUUGCAGGAUGAAGUAGCUUGCAGCAGAACUCACACCUGAGCCCUGCUGGGUUCCAGAAAGGAGCACUGGCUCCUCAUUGCCACUUCCACAAGGGGUGCAGGUGCUGCAAGGAGAGCAGUGAGUGGUGCCUUCUUUUUGCAGACUGAAUAUCCAUAGGGACAGUCAAUGAACAAGCACUGCCUGAGGGAAUUACAUCCAACAGCCUCCUUCCUUCUGCUUAAUGCAGCAGCCUCCUUGUUGUUCUGAAACCUUUUUAAAUGAUGCCUCUCCCUGGAUGCUGUGCCACAGGAGGACUCACAGGGAGAAAGGAUGAGUGUGAAGAAUUCCAGGAGGUUGGAGAAAGAGUGCUGCGUCAUUCUCAUAGGUUAAGGCUCCUGUCAACUGCCUUCUCUGAACAGCAAGGCUGUAUUUUGUAUUAAAUUAUUUCUGUAUAAACACCAACACUGUUGAACUGACACUGAGCCUCCAUCCAGGUAUUGCCUCACCAGUUUAGGGCACCAAAGGCCUUAUAGAAUGGGCUCAGAGCUGCUCUCAGUUUUCUCAGGGUGGGGAAAAAGAAAGCUGCAGGAUAGGAAUAUGCAGUGUGUUCAAGUGUAAAAAAGGGGGAGGGGAUAGGACUUGGAGAUCUUUGUUUGUAAACCCAAACUGAUGUUCAGCACAGCCUAAAUCACAAAGUGGGGUUUGGCUCCCAGGCUGGUCUGUGACCUCCAAGGCUGUGCUUUGCCUGCACUGCUGGGGCUGGAGAGGGAAGCAGGGCAGGGCCAAUGCAGAGGUGAACAAUGUCAGGGGAGGGGGGUUCCUUUUGUACCUUACCAAGCUUCCAAACCCGUUCCUAUGCAAAGAAGCUGUUGUGUGUGUGCUGU